ACAGUCGCAGCAGCGUUUCAAGUUUGUAUUUGUUUGAAUGAUCAUUCGUUCCCUCUGCAAUCCACCGAAAUUUCCUUUUCUUCCUGAUUUUCCCCGGACACGUUGGGGGGCCAUAUAACGUGCUCUGGGAUGCAUAGACAACUUUACAAAAUGCUGUGAGUCCCUUAUUAUGGCCACUGGAAGUCAUGUUGGGAGUAACACAGAAGUCCACAGGCUCAAGCAGGCCCAUCCCCAUGAACUUAUCAAACGUAUGGUUUGUUCUGGAGAUGAGAAGAACAUGAGGGAAGUGGAUUAUUUACUCAAAGACGAAUCCGAUCAAGAGAGAUUUCCAGUGGGCCGUUGUGUGCACAAAUACAGCAAAGCAAAACGAGUGGUGGUUAGCAAGAAGAAAACGCAUCUCUUCAGGGUUGGAUCAGGAGUAUGUCGGAGAUCAACCACUGCAUGCAAGACAUCUGACAUGGCAAACAAAGAGAAUGAACUGACCUGUGCUGAUGACGUGCAGGCUAUUCUUUAUAGUGACAAUUGUGGGUUCCCUGUGAACUCAAUAGAGACCUCAAAAAUGGCAGGAACUGGCUCCAAGUAUAGUGAUUAUUUUACUGAGUUGUCAAAGGACCAUGAAGCAAUGGCUCAUGUACUCUUUGGAAGGAAUCUCAGACUAAAUGUUGCUUUGACUCUUUGGCGAAAAAAUGCAAGUGAAUUAGUGGCAUACUUGAACAGAAUACAAGACACAGGUGUCCUUGUUGACUGUUUGCCUGUACUUACUAAAAGUCUUCAGGAAGAACAGCCAUGCAUUUCGAUUGGCUGUUGUGUUGACCUUUUACCACAAGUGAAAGUGAUUCUUAACACUAAAUAUGAAGAACACCUCAUUGUAGCUUUACAUUGGGUUCAAUCUGUCAUUAAGAAAUGGUGGCCUGAGCUCCCCACAAACAACAAAAGCUUGCACGAUGGAUGUUCAAAUGACAGGAAUUUUCAGGCAAUGAAGACUCUGCUGCUUGAACUGUGGGAGGGUAAAAGUCAGUUAUGCUUAGUUCCAGGAACUGUAGGAGAAACUGCCAAGGUCAUAGAAUCAUAUCUGUCACAAAUGAGCUGAUGCAUCAGUGUAGCACACUAAGGAGAGGACCACUACAUAUUCUUGGUGCAAGCUGCUCUUUGAGCAGUUUGGAGCUAGUGAAUCUGAAGCUCAAUAGUGGUGAAUUGAGGAUUGGUGAACUUAACAAUUCAGACACUCCCGAUCUCAGCACUGGAGGAGGAACCCUUCCUGCUGGCACAGAAUGACUGCUUCACAUUGAAGUGGACUUGCUUAGGGGCACGUAAUCAACUCCAUGAGACUCUGGAAUCAGGCAUCUCACUGAAGUGCCAAGCAGAAGUUUUAACUGUUGCACUUGUAGUGCCAUGGUGUGAAUCUGCUUAAUUGGAUGUGAUUGUGUACGUGUUCAGUUAUGCACUUGAACUGCAGGCUUUAUAAGUUAUUAGUAGGUUGUUGUCCAUUGACUGAUCAUGAAUGGAAUAUUUGAGUGUAAUGUGUAUAUAGUGAUUUUUUUUUUUCUUUUAAUCAACUUUCAAAUAAAUUGAUACGAUCUGAAGCUUUUUUUUUUUUACAUUUACAUGUGAUCUACAUAUUUGCAUUUAUAUGCAUCUUGUCAUUUUAAAUAGUAUCUAUUACGAUAACAAAAAUGACCCAACCCCAUACAUACAAAUCCCUAAUCAAAAGGAAAUUACAUGGUUGCCUUUGUGAAUUGUGAGAGAUAAGAAACCCAAAUGGAAUCACUGAUUAAUACAGAAAAGACCCAGCCAAACUUGCAGAUGGAUAAUUGACAAAUAAGAAUGAGAAAUCUUUUAAAUAGUCUAGUUUAAGGCGCAUAUGACAAGUUAGAAAUGUAAUCGUUGUGUCCAUGAAAAAAAAAUUGAGUAACAUUUACAGCAUUUUCUACAAAAACAUUUAAUUAAUGGCAUUAAAAAUGUCAGGUGGUGUAAU